CGGCAGUCUAGAGACUCAGGAGAUGAUGAAGAAAUAUGUCGUGUUGUAGUAGCUUCCCGUCCCAGGCAAAAUAGGGGAAACAGUGCACGGACUUUAUGAACAGCGUCUUCUGCAGUAACAAUGCUUACACAGCUACUGUGCCUGUGUUCGAUCCCGGUUGUAACGUGCGGAAGUGGUUUCAAUACGUACAACGCCGCCCUUCUGAAGAAUACAACGCAGAGUUCGGUAAUGACCAUCUACACUCAGCUCCACAGUGGGCUAGGGGUGGACGGAGGAGACACAGAGUGGGCACAGGUCAUUCACAAUUGUUCCACGACCAAAGAAGAAACGAACUCCUCCUGGAAAGUCACCUUUGACGCUGAGAAGCCCAUCUACGCCAUCAACAUCACGACGUCAUAUGAGUACCCCCUUGGUGACUUUGUCGUGGAAUUUACGUCUUGCCUUAACGGUGGUUGUGAUUACAUUCCCUGCUACCAGACUAACAAAACUGUGCCACCAGGGGAAACAAUCCAGAUACAAUGUGAUCCUACAGGUGGAACAACUGGAGGAACUUAUGCUAAAAAGAUUCGCAUCCGAUUAUUGGGCAGUUUGAAGAGGCGACUUUCCGUGUGUGAAGUGGAGGUGUAUUCCACUGAAGCUAUGGCGCACAACAUUGCCUUGAACCAGGCUACACAUCAGAGCUCAGUGCAGGACACGACAUUUUCAAGGGCCGGCUGGCUCGCUGUGGACGGGAACGAUAACCAGAACGAGUCGUAUUGCAGCGCAACCAGGAACACUAGCGACCCCUGGUGGCAAGUUGACCUGGAAUCGGAGAAAAAGAUUGAAUUACUGGCUAUUCAUGGUCAUGCCCUAGAAAACGUCACAGUGUACGUCGGGGUUGAUUGUUGGCCUGAUCAAGUUUGCUACAACGUAUGUGGAGAACGCACAGAGAUGGGGGAUCACUUCUACCUGACUUGCGGCGCCAACACUACUGCAAGAUACGUUAAAAUUGCUCUGAAGAAAGAUGGCAUAUUAACUCUGUGUGACGUCCAAGUUAUGGUAUAUAAUGAUCCCACUACGACAGCCCAGACAACUACGACUACAUCAUCAACUGACAAUGUAACCUAUGCAGCGACAACCACGGAUACAGAUACUACCGACAACACUUGGACAACACCAAGCUACAACGAAACCACUUCACCUCCGACAACCAACACAAGCUACAACGCAACAUUUGCCAGUGAGACAACGUCCGCAAGUAACAACGCAACCACUAUAUACGAGACAACGACCCAAAGCAACAACGCAACUACCACAAAUGAGAUAACGACCCCAAGCAGCAACGCAACCACAACACAUGAGAUAACGACUGAAAAGAACAACGCAACCACAACACACGUGACAACGACCCAAGGCAACAACGCAACCACAACACGCGAGACAACGACCCAAGGCAACAACGCAACCACAACACUCGAGACAACGACCCAAGGCAACAACACCACCACCGUGAAUGAGACAACACCCCGCAGCAAGAACGAUGAAACGACCCCGAAGAACAAUGAAACCGAUUCAGCUGCGACAACGACAACAACAUCAAGCAGCACCGCAACUAAUUCAGCUGAUAAUUCCCAUAAUGACUCUUCAACAGAAUCUUCAAAUAACUCUUCGCCGCUGACAACUUCAGAAACAACAACAACGACGACGGCGACUACUACUACUACCACCACGACAACAGAAACAAACACUGAUCCCAAACCACCAACUCCAUCAGAAAAUCAGACUACGACAACAGUACAUGGCGACUAUGUGACGUCCCCAAGUUAUAGUCUGUCAGAUAACACAGCAUCUGUUCCACAUGGCGAUCCAUCUACGGCUGAUGUUCCUGCAUGGACAACAUAUCCAACAACUGUACCAACAAACACAGCUCAUAUAACAGACCCCACUUCAAUCUAUGACCCAAUCAUCAGCCCAACACCUACAUCCGCAGAACCCAAAACCGAUAUGAUCCUUAAAACUGAACCAAGUACACUAAUAAGCGAUCAGACAAUCCAACCAUCCAGCCAAGGGCUCCAGGCCACUUCCGGUUCAGACCUCGCCUUCUUCUACUCAACCAUCCAACCAGUUGAGAGCGUGGAUAUGUUGAGUGAGGGGUUUACCACCCAGAUAAACUCCAUCAUCGUGCUGUGUUCCUGCUACUGCAAGGCCCCCAACGAGACCAAUAGAGUCAUCUCCACGGUGGACCUCAGGAAUCUUGCUGUGGACAAGAGAAACGUGUCCAAGUUCAGACGUCGCUUCUACAGCGUGUUGGAUGAACGCCCUUCGGCUAUUUCUAUUGGGUCGACGGGAAUCUUUUGUCUAGCUUUUGUGUUUUGUCUUUUUGUUCUAUCAGAUGUGGAUUAUGUAGUCAGAAAUAAGAACAAAAUCGCACAAGGAAAUAUGUAAAAUCGUUAAACCCAGACACCAUAUCAAGAAGUUCAAGGAUGAGGUUUACUGAGUGAGUGAGUUUGGUUUUACGCCGCUUUUAGCAAUAUUCCAGCAAUAUCACGGCGGGGG